AUGGCUCCCACUACCCGCAAGAGAGCCCAGGUCAACAACAACCCUCAACCCAUCAGCGUUGUGUCUGCUGGAGCUGACGUGGUCACCGCCGGAGGUGUCACGGGUCGCAAGUACAAGGACGACGAUCCCUUCGAGAGUGUCUUCGAUCCCCUCAUCGACGUUCCAUCCGAUGACCAUGACUCUGACCAUUCUGACUUUGGCGCUGACUCGAGGAAACGCAAGAGAAAGUGUGACAGCGACCGGAAGGGGAAGUCCAAGAAACGCUUCGCUCGCUGUGCUCCCCCUCCUCCUGCUGUCCCAGAUCUCUCAGAUGAUGAAUAUGCCUUGAAUGGCAAUCAGACUGAAGAGGAAGAGGAUGGCGGCCUCUGGUCCGUCGAACGUAGGGCCGGUACAAAAAAGACAAAUGAGGACAAGACCAAUCACUCGCAAGUCCUGAGCAUUGAGGUGAACAGUGAAGGUGGCGUCACGACGCUUAUCAACCUCAACCUCGCGGAUCUCCUGAAGAAUUUGGGCGCUUCUUCUUGGACUUUGUCUACCAGACCGCGAUCCGAAGCUGCUGAGAUCGCCACCGAGUUUCCUGAGGACACCACCAUGGUUCAGAACAAGCGGCUUGGCUUCCUAGACCUCCCACUCGAGCUUCGCCUGAAGACAUAUCGACUGCUCUUCCGUGACGACAAGGCCAUUGAAUUCGAUCGCCGCGACUUCUCACGCUCUUCUCACUUUCUCCGAACUUGCAAAACAGUCCUCCAAGAAGGCAGAGAGGUCCUCUACGGCGAAAAUUCAUUCCACUUCACCCGAGAAACUGCCAUUCGCGGUAGAUACUACGAGAAGGUCUGGAAAGAGAUUGGCUACAAGGAUGUAAGACGAUUCUUCGAAAUCAUCGGUCCUGCCUGCAUCUCUCACAUGAAAUACAUCUCGUUUGUGCUCACCGACGGCGCGGACAAUCGAACUAGAACCUCCACCCAAAUCCCUGAACGCAAGUUCGUUAACGACCCACAUCUGCACCAGGUCUUCCGUAUUAUUGGAGCCAGUGCCACGUUGAGGACACUUGCAAUCCAAUUUGCCGGCCGCGGCUGGGUUUCCAACAACGACUUCCACUUCUUGAAAGCUCUUACUGAGAUCAAGUGUUACAAAUUCGCCACCAUCUACCGCUUCAGAGGGAACAGCAACAAGUGCUUCGGUGACCUCCAAGACAAGAUGAAGCAAGUCAUGCGUGUGACGGAUGAGAAUGGUGACGAAGUUGACCGGCCGGACAGUCAAAAUAGGGUGAAGAUGGUGUAUGAGGGAUGGAACCCAGUAUUCCCUGUCAUGCUGCAUUACGUGUAUGACUGGUAACUGAUCAAGAGCCAGGAAGAUACGGCUACAACAUCAUACGAUUAGUCCGGUGUGUCCCACCCGUGUUGAUCAAGGAUAUGUUCAGGGUUGGACAUAAGUGAAUUGCGAGAGGAAACAGGACAGUCGUGGGCACAAUACGGGAAUCAGAGAGUUCCAGUUCAAGGGUUCAGCCCAUUGUUGAAGGGCAGGAAAUAAAAAGAGCAGCACAUUUGGCGAGCUUGGUCACAUUUUCACUGUCGCAAGAGAUGUCUGAAGCGACUCUGAAAGGUUGAAGUCAAGUGAUGGACCUGAAUCAGGUGGAAUUGUCAGAUGGCCUGUCAUGGAGGCAUCGUGAAAGAACAAUGGAAACUGGCAACGGAAAACGGAUAAUGCGGUUCAUAAGCACGGAUCGCAGACGAUGUACUUGUUCUCCUUCUGGAGGGACUGGACCUUGAGCAAUGAGGCCAAGGCAUGUACAGUAGCUGGGCGUCAAAGUCAAC